UGGGGGGAGGUGACCUGGGAAGACACAUAUCUGUUUUCUGCACCGUUUUCUUUCCCCGAGAAGCACUUUGCUUCUUACCGUGUCGUGGCUAUCCCAGGAAUGAGGCGCUUACACAUUUUAUUUCUUUCAUGCCUGACGUAAAGUCUGGCCCUUGCUCUCUCCUGCACCCCUCCGAAUGGCUCGGCCCGCGGAAUGCCCCAUCUUCCAGGCUCUUCGAGAGCCCGAGUCUUGGAGGGGUUUAGGGUGGUGAUUCUACAACGGUGACUAGCAAGUGGGGGGCUUCAGUCCUCUCCCGCUGCCCUCCUGGGCGCGACCACAAGUCACAUUUCUCGCUCGUUCCGGCUGCCUGGGCACCGGCCCCAGAAGCACGGGUGCGCGCAAAGCGUACUUGGUACGGUCCACUCCGCCGCGCCCCGCGCCGCCGGAAGUGAGGUGUCUUACCCCCGAAGUUCCGGUUCGCAGGGGGUGGGGAGUGUUGUUAACCAGAGCGGCUGCCGCAGUCGCGGGGAUUGAGCGUGCUCGGGGCGCUGGGCUCCUGGUCUCUGGGCCAGGGCAAUGUUCCGCACCGCAGUGAUGAUGGCGGCCAGCCUGGCGCUGACCGGGGCAGUGGUGGCUCAUGCCUACUACCUCAAGCACCAGUUCUACCCCACUGUCGUAUAUUUGACGAAGUCCAGUCCCAGUAUGGCAGUCCUGUACAUCCAGGCCUUUGUCCUCAUCUUCCUCUUGGGCAAGGUGAUGGGCAAGGUGUUCUUUGGGCAGCUGAGGGCAGCAGAGAUGGAGCACCUUCUGGAACGGUCCUGGUACGCUGUCACCGAGACUUGUUUGGCCUUCACCGUUUUUCGGGAUGACUUCAGCCCUCGCUUUGUGGCACUCUUUACGCUGCUUCUCUUCCUCAAGUGUUUCCAUUGGCUGGCUGAAGACCGUGUGGACUUUAUGGAACGCAGCCCCAACAUCUCCUGGCUCUUCCACUGCCGAAUCGUCUCUCUCAUGUUUCUCUUGGGUAUCCUGGACUUCCUCUUUGUCAGCCACGCCUACCACAGCAUCCUGACCCGUGGGGCCUCUGUGCAGCUGGUAUUUGGCUUUGAGUAUGCCAUUCUGAUGACUAUGGUACUUACCAUCUUCAUCAAGUACGUGCUGCACUCCGUGGACCUCCAGAGCGAAAACCCCUGGGACAACAAGGCUGUGUACAUGCUCUACACAGAACUGUUUACAGGCUUUAUCAAGGUCCUGCUGUACAUGGCCUUCAUGACCAUCAUGAUUAAGGUGCACACAUUCCCGCUUUUCGCCAUUAGGCCCAUGUACCUGGCCAUGAGGCAGUUCAAGAAAGCUGUGACAGAUGCCAUCAUGUCUCGCCGAGCCAUCCGCAACAUGAACACACUGUACCCAGAUGCCACCCCUGAGGAGCUCCAGGCAAUGGACAACGUCUGUAUCAUCUGCAGAGAAGAGAUGGUGACGGGUGCAAAGAGAUUGCCUUGCAACCACAUCUUUCACACGAGCUGCCUGCGCUCCUGGUUCCAGAGACAGCAGACCUGCCCGACAUGCCGUAUGGAUGUCCUGCGGGCAUCCUUGCCAGCCCAGUCACCACCACCCCCUGAGCCUGCUGACCAAGGACCACCUCCUGCCCCUCAUCCCCCACCACUGCUGCCACAGCCCCCUAAUUUCCCCCAGGGCCUCCUGCCUCCUUUUCCUCCAGGCAUGUUCCCACUGUGGCCCCCAAUGGGUCCCUUUCCACCUGUUCCACCUCCCCCAAGCUCAGGAGAGGCUGCAGCCCCUCCAUCCACCAGUGCAGCCGUUUCUCGGCCCAGUGGAGCAGCCACCACCACAGCUGCUGGUACCAGUACUUCUGCCCCAGCAUCUGGCUCUGUUCCUGGCCCAGAGGCUAGUCCUACCCCUGGCUUCCCUUUCCCUCCUCCUUGGAUGGGUAUGCCUCUGCCUCCACCUUUUGCCUUCCCCCCAAUGCCUGUGCCACCUGCGGGCUUUGCUGGCCUAACCCCAGAGGAGCUGCGUGCACUGGAGGGCCAUGAGCGGCAGCACCUGGAGGCCCGGCUACAGAGUCUGCGCAACAUACACACACUACUGGAUGCUGCCAUGCUGCAAAUCAACCAGUACCUCACUGUGCUGGCCUCCCUGGGGCCACCCAGGCCAGCUACUUCAGUGAACCCUACUGAAGAGACUGCCUCUACAGUGGUAUCUGCUGCCCCUUCUACCAGCACCCCCAGCUCUGAGGCUCCUACCCCAUCUUCGGGAGCUUCCCCACCAAUUUCUGAAGCAGAAAAGCCUGCUGCUCCCGGAUCAGUGGGCAUUGAAGAGGAGCUGCCUGAGGAUGGAGAGCCUGAUGCUGCAGAACUCCGCCGGCGUCGCCUGCAGAAGCUGGAGUCCCCCGUUGCCCACUGACACUGCCCAGACCCGGCCCUGUUUUCUUGAGUGGCCCUCACUGGAACAUGUCCUGCCACCAAGUGCCAGCUCCCUCACUGUUUGCACCAGGGAGUAAUAACCCCAGUUGAGAAAGACUUGGCAGGAUCUCUGAGGAUCAAGGAGAAGUGUCUGGGCUUCCAGCAUCCCCAGCGCCCCUGGCAGCCAUGGGGAUGUUAGUCAGCUCUAACCUCCCUCCACUUUCUGCCAUGUUCUACUGGGACCUUGAAAGUAGAAGCUGAAUCUUUGGUAAGCCUUCACUCCCAUGCUUCCUGGGAGGUGAAGCCCCUCCAAGCCCUGCUUGUGAGUAUGGGACCAUGCUGCAGUGCCGAACAGUAUUAGCUUCUGUUCCCAAGUGUGGAAACCCAGAGGGGCUGAAGACAGACCAGGACCUUACCCCACCCUCCUGCCAAGACUGGUACCAAUCUCUCUCCUCUAUCCCGGUCUUCCCAAAACCCCUUUGUGAUGGUGGCUGUGCCCCCUAAGCCCUGUGGCAUUUCCAUGUCUUACUGGCAACCACACAACUCAGGGAAAGGAGUGCCUGGGGGUGGGGCACAGGCGGGCAGCACUGAGGGACCCUGCCCUGCCCCUCCCCAGCCUCUUUCCCCUUCUCACCCAGCAGCCACUGCCUGGUGGGCCUGGCUAAGGGUGUGUGCUGCUCCUUAACCCACUGCUCCCCAGAACCCAAGGCAGGCCACCUCCAACUUGUGGGACUUCAGUUCAGGAUUGGACUAUUUCUGUACCUAGUGGCUUUGGGCUUAAAUUUUGUCUUUUGAAUUUGAAUGCUUGACCCCAGAAAGGAGGAAUAGGUGUGGGGCUAGGUACCUGACUUUCCAGGUUAGAGCAAGCUCUGGCCAGGCCAGGACCAUGGAGCCAAGGCCUAGCUGCUGCUGCUUCUUUUGGUUUUGUGUUACAGGAGUUUCUGGAGAGUUUCAGAUGAUUAUUUAAUUUGUAAAUACUGUAUAAAUUUUAAUAGCUUAAAUUGUAUAUACAGCUAAAUAAAAACUUGCAUUAAUGA